AUGUACCAAAUUAGAGUACAAUUAGAGUACAGUACGUCUUCUCAGAUAAAUCGCACAGACCAACCAUAUUAUCCUUUCCAUACCAGCAUGUUACGACUUCCCCACAGAAGCCUCUGUGUUUCGGCCAGAAGGCUCAUGCGCCACAAGGGUACUUACAAAUCACCAGACUCCACGGUGGAAACAGACGAAAUUGUGUCGGAAAAUAACCCAUGGUCGCCCACUUUGUACAACGACAUCGUUUAUGUGAGAAGAGGUUUGCGAAAUGUGGCCUUGCCCGAGAAAUACAGGCUUUCGUACGAGCCGCUUUACGAGGCGCCGGGAUCCAAAUACGUGGCCAUGCUCAAAAGACUUACCUUGUCGCUUGGUGUUCUUGGGGUUUAUGGGGCCAAGCUUUUCUGGGAGCUGGUGCAGUUUGACGAUGUGUAUGCGCUAGCCACCCUUAUCGGUACGUGGUCGCCCGCUUUGCUUGUCCAGUACAAGACGCGAGACUAUGUGACUCGUGUUUUCAGAUUGUAUGACAAGGAGCAGCCGCAGACAUUGGAGAAUUUGGUCAAAGACGAAAAACUUGUCAUGGAGAAGUUGAACGUUACUGGAGGAAAGACAUACAAUACUUUGUUGAAGGUUGCAGACAAUGACAGCUUGAAGCUUUGCAAUGGAGAUACGCCGUCUCUUUUGCCCUAUCGAAGCUGGCAGUCUUCCGAAAACGGUCAUAAGGAGUAUUUUUACUUGGUGGAUAACGUGGGAGGCAUGAAGAUGGACCGUUUGUGGGGAAUCGUGGAGCACAACUCGGGUGUGGAUAAUGGCAGAUACAUAGCAGAAGCCACGAAGGAGAAAUGUACAUAG